AUGAGGUCACUGAGGGUGUCACCGCUAGUACGGCGGGCCUCUCCCAGCGGCUGCGUUAGCAACAGUCGUUCGUCAGAUGACACCUCGAAGGGACUGGCAAGGCCAAACAGCACUUCCUGUAUCGAGGGCGAGAGAAAAUGUGGAGCUGGAGGCGAGUUACUAGUUCCGGCAGAUCUGAACAACCAUUUCCUUCAAAGAAGAAGGUCUCAUCCAGGGAGAGGCCAGACCCUAGAUACUGAAUCACCUCUGUCUGCCGUUUCCACGCCGACCCGCAACUCCAGUAGGUCAGCAGAUGCCAUUAAAGAUGACACAAUUCCUGAUGCAGAUAGGGUUCACGAGAAACUCCAGCAGAUGUGGGAUGACGGGGAGCUGUCGCCUCGCGCUCCUCUUGAUCGGUCCCUGGGCUACAUCUCUUCUUCCCCAAACAGCUCGGGAAAGGGAGCUUCCGGUAGUUCAGUAACUCCUGAAUCUGCAGGAGGAGCUCAGUCGUGCAGGCAGAAUCCACAGCAGCAAGGGGCUGCGGCCCCAUUGUUCAUUAAUGAUGUGAGAGCACUUCGGCAGAUGGCACCCUUCAGCUCAACAGAGGAACAAGUUCUUACACGCUCACAACGCAGAAGAAGCAGUGCAAAUCUUUUGCAGCAGCUUGUAGCAGCUCAGUCUUGUGGUUCGACGCACCAAGGGCAACGUGAAGCUUCCCUCCAGCAAGAGCAAGGUGCUAUCGGUAAGGAGCAACAGCAGCAACGUGCUGCAGGUUUUCAAAAACAGAGUGAACACUGCGAUAUCUCGGACGGCCAGCAGCAGCAUUAUCAAACUCAGACGGUGGUAGCAGCUCUGGAUCUUUCCACUGGUCAAGCGUGUGGCUUCAAUUCCUUUGCGGGUGCCGACGCUCUGUCACGGGGCAUUGGAGCUCGCAAACGCCGUGCCAGCAGUCCUGUAGUGUCCACCGAUUCUUUUUCUCCCCAAUAUCGUAGAAAGAGCGACAGCAACUUACCAGCUGAUGGAGUGCCUCAACCUACGGGCCGCAAGCGCCUUUCUGCUCUUCGGACAUCUACGCAAACCCUUAUAACAGCGGAUGCAACUCCUGCCACAUCCAAGGAGUCACCUAGACGCAACUCAGCUACUUCAGCGGUGCCAUAUAACGGGAGAAACGGUGGCGAAAGAGAUAUGUUUGAUAUAACCAUCAACUGCACUAGCACUAACAGCAGCAGAGGCACGAUAGAGUCCCCCUUCCAGAAGCACCCUCCACCUUCCCCUUCGGAUUUCCCGGUGUCAUCUCCUAUUAACACCGGCUCUUACUCCCCUCAGCGGAAUGUUCCAGCAGAACCGAAGCUCCAAGCCCACCAACUGCAGGUGCACAGCACUUCUGCCGUUAGUGGCCGGCCACCUCUGCGUGGCCCACUGGGGAAGGAGAAGCAGGCGCUGGGCAGUCCACUGCGAACUUCCCCCCGUCGUACACACGGUGAAGGGGGGGCCUCCUGCUCACAAUUCCAGACCCCGCGGGGGCCUUGUAGCUCACUGGAGCCUCAGGAAGACGCAACAGGCGCUUCUGUUCGCCAAAGAGCCUCACAGCGGUGCCUGUCACCCCUUCCGCUUCUUUCAACGGGCACCCCCAACAAGAGAGCCGCGGCGGAGCAGCGGGGUGAUGGGCCGCUAUCUAGAGAAGCCCGCGAGAAAGCCGCUCCCCUGGCGACAGCAGAUGCGCAUGGAAGGGUCCGUGCCAUUGCAAUUAGGGCACCGUCUACUCUAAAAUCCGCUGUGACUUCUCGUCGCGCUUCAGCGGCGCCAGCUUCAAGAUUCAAGGAGGCUCCUGGCAGCUCCAAUGCCUCCAUAGUGCCAUUAACGAGCAACAGACAGGCAGAAGCGGCAAAAGGAAUGACAGAGACACUUGAAAUGUGCAAGGCACCUUCUUCACCUAGAAAGACUGAGACUCCUGGCUCCAACUGGCACAGACCGGGGCGUCCUGGCGCUGCAUCCCCUCGUAUGGCUGCAUCGGAGAGGCAGUGCAAAAGCCAGUUGACAUCUGCAACAUCUCCUAAGCACUUAUCUGACCGAACUGAGAAGGCUGCUCCGGAGCCUCACACCAAGUGCCGUUGCCCAAGCGUUAGAGAGCCAGGGGACAUUCCCCCAGCAGCCGCUGCAACGCGAAGACGUUCUGCAGCGAGGCGCAGCAUUGGAUUGACGUCAUCAAUGGGACCAAGUUCGUCGUGGGUUCCAACAUCGCUGUCAGACCGCCGCUCCCCUUCUGUCUCGCCGGUGGCUUCUCAGGACGUCACGGACCAGCCUUCUGUGUUGAUCACAGCCAGGAGCCCCAUGCGCCUUGCAAAAGCUGCAGCGACACAGGAACGCAAGGCAGUGGCAAGGCUUGUGGACACACCAUUUGGAGCGGCAACCCAGAGUUCAGUGGCUUCACAGAAUAAUCUGGUGGAUGCGUGUGUUGGGGCCAGCCAAGGAGACCGUUGCUCAACAAGAGCUUCGGCAGCGGGGAAAGCUACAACAGUAGGCGCUGUUCGAAAGGGAUUAUCCCGCGCACCUCCCCCACGUCACCCUGCGGGAAAACCUCGAGCCAGCAGCGGCAAAGGUCUGUUCCACAAUGCAACUGCACGAAGCGGUGCGAACGUGCUACCUAUCACAAAGCCUAGAAUCCUUAUUCGCGUGCCAGAGAAGCAAAAGGGCGUCAAUCGCAUUACGGUGAGCUGCAGACCAGCUGGGGGUGCUGUGCGUGGACUCCGGAAUUCUCGCGGUAAAUUACCCGCAUCGAGCUCAUGCCCCCGAGGAAUCUCUGGAGUAGCGUCCUCGCGGCAAGGACGCCCGGCUGUUAAGUGCCACUCAUCUACCCGCAUGAAAGCCGAGGUUCAAGUGUCCGAUUCGGCCGAAGCAAAAUCUUCCGGUGCCAGUGCAACGGGAUGCAAAGUAGAUGCGAAAGAUAACGCACUUGUUGCGAAGGGUGGGCACAACGAAGACCUGCGCAGUAAGUGUCAGAGCCAGUCAGAGCUCUCGAGUGCAUCUAAUGAAAUAUCUGAGAGGCCUACGCAGUCAGAACGGCCUCACCUCAACGGCACGGACGAAGACCACAGAAAGCGUUGCAUGAAAAGCGCAAUCGGCUGCUCCGUAGUAUCCUCUGCGCACUCCGCUGCGGGUGUAGGGGUGCCUGCAUCUGCUGCCGGCGCAGCACUGACGCAAAGCUCGUUCGGUAAUGUCACGGCGCAUCCUCCUAGCCGGCGACGCAGCAGCUCUCCGCAUAGCCUAGCACUGCAGAAAUUUACCAGCAAUGACGGAGGGGAUGACAAGCUUCAGUAUGGCAACUUUACCUCCUUGCGUCGCGCCUCAAGUGCCUGUAGCCUCGAAGAUGGCGAUGGAAGGCGCGUUUCGGAGCAGCAACAAAGGAACGAGGCGCUACGCCAGGAGUGGGAGGGCCGCGAUCGGGAGUACCAGGAAAGGCAGCAAAAAUUGCUGCAAGAACAACAGCGCAGGGAAAGACUGCUUGCUUGGGAACAACGCGAGGCUGAAUUGCUGAAAAACCGAAAGGCUCUGUCCAAAGAAGAACCUUCAUUUUGGGGAUUCGACCCAUUCAUGGUUGAUGAAGAGGAUGAGAAGGUCCUCACGACAGAAGAAUUGCGGGUUGAGGUGUCGCGGUUCUUAAAGGGCGACCUGCGUUUCCACUCACGAGCUGACUUGCUUCGCGUCGUGAAGAAGUUCAGCGAACAGACCCGGACGACAACGACAACCACGAGCUCGAGGCUGAACUUCGCUAAAGUGGACCAACGCGUUGUUCCAAUGGCAGCGCGCCAAGUGCAUGGCACUGUCCCACACGAAAGACGCCGAAAGUCAAUCCUACGCAACAGCAGCACUGGUCCGCAGCAGUCCACUGAGAGUCGCAGGCGAAGCCGAGGAAUUAGCUUUUCUCCUUUCAACAAGGUCCAACUUUAUAUGCUUGAUGAGCAUGAACGAGCGAGCAAGGAAGCAGCGGCUCAUUUGUCUCAACAGGGAGAACAGCGACAGCAGCUUCGGCAGAAGCUUGCACACCAAUUUCAACUAAUGCUGUUGCGAGGCGACUCGGACUUGGAGCUGGCGUUGAUACGUCGCGAACUAGCAAACCUCUACGACCCCGAUGAUGAGGAUAGUAUAGCCUUUUUAUCGCCGACACUGGCUCCGGGCCGUGAUGGUGAGGCAGAUAGCAGAGAGUCUCCAAAUCCCUCUCAGCAGGGUGGAGCAGAUGCGAAGCUAAAUGAAGCAAGGGAACUGACUAACUCAGUAGCUUCAGACGGAAGUGGACUAGGCAGGCUUCCUUUCACGGUCUCACCAUCUUGGCGACAGAGGCCCCACAAUGUCUGGCAAGAAACCCCGGGAGCAUCUCAGACUGAACCCUGCGCUGAAUGGAGCCCUCCCCCUAGUCCUAUAGAACCCAGCCGUUUGAAUACAGUUGGAGACAAAGACGGCAAUGGGUGUUGGGAAACACCCAUAGACAGCGCAAGCAGCGCCAUUGAGGGCAAACGUGAGCUUAACCGCUCGGAAAAUGAUGAAAACACUAACUGCAACGCGACACAGAGCCCGGCCCAUCUCAACUCUGCCAAGGAACUGUCGGAUCCGCAAGACCCAGUGAAGGAACUGUCCGUCGAAGGCCCCCCUAAACUCUUUGCCUCAGAGGCAACCAGGCGACCGUCCGUGUUGAGCCGACGCCUUUCCGUGGUGCCCAACGCUUGA